GGAAGAGGACCAGGAAAUCACUUCUUGUUUUUCAAACAGCAGCAAGCCUAUCACAGAUGGCGCUGUGAGGCUCGGAGGACCAAGGCAGGGGAGGCUUGGGAGAGGGGUGAGGCUGAGCUCUGCACGGAGCUGCCGGUCCUGCCUGAGCCCUCACAAUGAAUGCUGCUUGGCUUUGCCUUCAUCGGGUGUAGGUUUUCUUGGAGACCGCAGGGCAAAUGGCCUCUUAGUGGAAACCUGGAUGGUUUUAGGCGUCUGAUCAGAGCAGAAGCCACCUUGGGGACUGCAGUGCCGAACAGGCAAAGCAACUCAAUCCUAAAGAAAUGCAGUCCCCAAGGAGAACCACAUUGUGCUUCAUGAUUAUUGGGAUUUAUUUUUCCCAAGCUACACUGAACUUGAAGUUAGAGUCUAUCGUUCAUCCCUUGAUUCUCCGUGAACGUGAACUAGAGGGGAAAGAGCCACUGAGGCAAAAACGAGCAGUCGCCUCGAGCAGCCCAGCCGCGGAAGAGUACACCGUUGAUGUGGAGAUCAGUUUUGAAAAUGCCUCCUUCUUGGAGCCUAUCAAAGCUUACUUGCACAGCCUCAGUUUCCCAAUUCAAGGGAACAGCACUGACCAAGCCGCCAACAUUUUAAGCAUUGAGGUGACAACAGUCUGCAGACCUACUGGAAAUGAAAUCUGGUGCUCCUGUGAGACAGGCUACAGGUGGCCUCAGGAAAGGUGCCUCCAAAAUCUCACUUGUCAAGAGCAUGCCAGCGCCCCCGCAGGGCAUCGCUGCGGUUGCCUUAAAGGACUACCUCCCAAGGGACCUUUCUGCCAGCUCCAGGGAGAUGUCACGCUAAGAAUGUCAGUCAGACUCAAUGUGGGAUUUCAAGAAGACCUCAGGAACACUUCCUCUGCUCUCUACAGGUCCUACAAGACUGACUUGGAAACAGCGUUCUGGAAAGGUUACAGUAUUUUACCAGGCUUCAAAUUGGUGACUGUGACAGGGUUCAGGCCCGGAAGUGUGGUUGUGACAUAUGAGGUCAAGACUACAACACCAUCCCCCGAAUUAAUGCAUAAAGCAAACGAGCAAGUAAUGCAGAACCUUAAUCAGACCUACAAAAUGGACUACAGCUCCUUUCAAGCAGUUACUAGCAAUGAAACGAAGUUCACCAUCAUCCCAGAAAUCAUUUUUGAAGGGGACACGGUGAAUCUGGUGUGUGAAAACGAAGUUUUGUCCUCUAAUGUGUCCUGGCACCACAUUGAAAGGCGCUCUGACGUCCAGAACACCAGCAGAUUCUCGGUUUACACCACCGUACUCAACAACAUGACCUCAGUAUCGCGCCUCACAAUUUACAACAUCACUCAGGGCGAUGCAGGUGAAUAUAUUUGCAAGCUGACAUUAGAUAUUUUUGAAUAUGAGUCCAGAAAAAAAAUAGAUGUCUUGCCCCUCCGAAUUUCGGCACCUGAAGAAAUGAAGGUGACGUGCGACAACAAUCCCGUAUCUUUGAACUGCUGCAGUGAGAUUAAUGCUAAUUGGAGCGCAAUAGAAUGGAAGCAGGAGGGGAAAAUAAACAUUCCAGGCAGCCCUGAAACUGACCUGGAGUCCGGCUGCAGCAGAUACACCUUCAGGGCAGACGGAACUCAGUGUCCCAGCGGGUUGGCUGGAACGACGGUCAUCUAUGUGUGCGAGUUCGUCAGCACCUACGGAGCCAGAGGCAGUAAGAACAUAGAAGUGACAUUCACCUCUGUGGCCAACCUAACAAUAACCCCGGACCCAAUUUCUGUUUCUGAGGGACAAAACUUUUCCAUAAAGUGCAUCAGCGAUGUGAGUAACUAUGAUGAGGUGUCCUGGAACACUUCUGCUGGAAUUAAAAUAUACCAAAAGUUUUAUACCACGAGGAGGUCUGCUGCUGGAACAGAGUCGGUGCUGACAGUGAAGACUGCGACCCGGGAGUGGAACGGAACCUAUCACUGCAUAUUUAGACAUAAGAAUUCGUACAGUGUCGCGAUGAAGGAUGUGACCGUUCACCCACUGCCUCUAGAGCCGGACAUCUUGGUGGAUCCCCUGGAGGCUACCGUUCCGUGCAAAGGUUCCCGUCACUUCAGGUGCUGCAUUAAGGAGGACAAAGAUUACAAAGUAACUUUCCGAAUGGAUUCCUUAUCCUUUCUUGCAGAAAAAGAAGUUAAUGGAAAGCAAGUGUGUUACAAAUACAAUUUCAUGGCAAGCUCAGUUUCCUGGUGUCCAAAAAAGCUGGACAUAUUUUGUCACUUCACCAAUGCCGCUAAUCAUUCAGUCCAGAGCUCAUCUAUGAAGCUGAACCUGGUGCCUGGAGAGAAGAUCAUGUGCCGAGAUCCCACGAUAGGUGUUGGGGAGCCCGGGAAAGUCAUCCAGAAACUGUGCCAGUUCUCCAACGUGCCCAGUGGCGCUGAACGUCCCACUGGCGGGACCAUGACUUACAAAUGUGUCGGCUCCCGCUGGGAGGUGAAGAAAAAUGACUGCAUCUCUGCCCCAAUAAAUAAUCUGCUCCAGCUGGCCAAGGCUUUGACCAAGAGCCCCUGUCAGGAUAAGAAGCUUCCAACAUACCUGAGGGAUCUUUCUGUUAGCACAGUCAAGGUGAAACAUGAAGUCAGCUCAUUUCCUGGGAGCCUGGGAGCCAUCAUUAACAUCCUUGACUUGCUCUCAACAGUUCCAACCCAAGUGAAUUCAGAAAUGAUGUCGAAUGUUCUCUCUACGGUUAACACCAUCCUCAGCAAGCCCAUGUUGAGUACCUGGAAGGUGUUCCAAAAGCAACAGACCAAUCAGAGCUCACAGCUCCUGGACUCAGUAGAAAGAUUUUCCCGAGCGUUACGGUCGGAAGACAGCGCUUUUUUGUCCAUCAACCAAACGAAUGUGCAGAUGAGGGGCAUGGUAAUACAACCUGGCCAUCCCAAAACCUACAAACAGAACUUUGUUUUCUCAGACUCGGACCUCUGGGGCAAUGUGGCCAUUGACAAGUGCGAGCUGGGAAGUCUGCAGUGGGGUUCAUCCAUUGUCACCGUGGCUUUCCCAACUCUCAAAAACAUCCUCACCCAGGAUGGUCAAGGAAAGAAUGUUGCAAACAGCUUAGUGAUGACCACCACUGUGAACCGGAAUAUAACCAUGCCAUUCCGGAUUUCGAUGACUUUUAAGAACACCAUCCCUUCUGGGGGGGUACCACAAUGCGUCUUCUGGAACUUCGACCUUGCCAACCACACAGGCGGGUGGGAUAGUAGCGGGUGCUACGUGAGCAGAGUCGAUGGGGACAGUGUCUCCUGCAUCUGCGACCACCUAACAUCAUUCUCCAUCCUCAUGUCCCCCGACUCUCCGUACCCUGGUUCCCUCCUGGAAAUACUACUGGAUAUCAUUUCCUACAUUGGGCUGUGCUUUUCCAUCUUGAGCUUAGCGGCCUGUCUAGUGGUGGAAGCCGUGGUGUGGAAAUCAGUGACCAAGAAUCGGACUUCCUAUAUGCGCCACACCUGCAUAGCGAACAUCGCCGCCUCCCUUCUGGUGGCCGACAUCGGGUUCAUUGUGGCCGCUGCCAUCCACGACCAUUUCUACCCACUCAACGAGACAGCCUGCGUGGCCGCCACCUUCUUCAUCCACUUGUUCUACCUCAGCGUCUUUUUCUGGAUGCUGACUCUGGGCCUCAUGGUCUUCUACCGCCUGGUUUUCAUCCUGCAUGACGCAAGCAAGUCAAUACAGAAGACCAUCGCGUUUUCUCUUGGCUAUGGCUGCCCUCUUGUCAUCUCAGUCAUCACAGUGGGGGCCACCCAGCCCCAAGAAGUCUACACCAGGAAGAACGCCUGCUGGCUCAACUGGGAGGAUACCAAGGCCCUGCUGGCCUUCGUCAUCCCAGCGCUAAUCAUCGUGGUAGUGAACGUGACCAUCACAGUUGUGGUCAUCUCCAAGAUCCUGAGACCUUCCAUUGGAGACAAGCCAAGCAAGCAGGAGAAGAGUAGCCUGUUUCAGAUUAGCAAGAGUAUCGGGGUCCUCACGCCACUCUUGGGGCUCACCUGGGGUUUUGGGCUUGCCACUGUGUUCCAAGGAAGCAACGCUGUGUUCCAUAUUAUAUUUACGCUCCUCAACGCCUUUCAGGGAUUAUUCAUUUUACUCUUUGGAUGCCUCUGGGAUCAGAAGGUCCAGGAAGCCUUGCUAAAGAAGUUUUCCCUGUCAAGAUGGUCUUCACAGCACUCAAAGUCAACAUCCCUCGGUUCAUCGACACCCGUAUUUUCUAUGAGUUCUCCAAUAUCAAGAAGAUUUAACAAUUUGUUUGGUAAAACAGGAACAUACAAUGUUUCCACCCCAGAAACGACCAGCUCAUCCCUGGAAAAUACAUCUAGUGCUUACUCCUUGCUCAACUAAGAACAGGAAAAUUGACCCAUGUGACUUCUUUAAAGGACAGUGGAUACACUCGGAAAAAAAAUCCUUUCAAAGCCGUGGGUAAAAUGUUUCCUCCGCAGGCUUCCUGGAGCAGAUGCUGAAGAGCCUCUUUCAUUAGGGAAAAGGAGCUUUCUUUCGUAAAGACAGACUAAACAUAACUGUUAAGUUUAUUUGCUGCCCCACCCCCACCUCUUGUGUGAUACUCAAUGUGUACAGUAUUUAAGUAAAACUCGAGUCCCCUGAGGCCCAACUUCCCUGUCUAUAUUGUAAAAUAGAAUUUCAAGGAGAUGUUUUUACUUUUCACACGUUGGGCACAAAAAUAAGCUUUGAUUAAAAUAAUAAGCACAAGGCUAGGACCUAGGAAACACUUCAGUGAACUCUCAGAAAGAAGGAAGGAAAGAAGGGUGGAUACAGGGGAAAAAAAUAGAGAAAAACAAUAAAAACCACAUUUAAAAAAUUUUCCAUGUUAACAUAAUAAUUCUCAUACUGCAACAUGGAGAAUACAAAAAUGGCUCAGAAAUGGAAACUGAAGUAAAUCGUGGUGAAAGUUUGCUAUUUCCUUGGUAUUUUCUUAGCUACGAGAGAUAUUUUUUUAAAAAAAGGCAGUGGGAAGAGAUAGGGAGGAAAUUGUAAGAUCAGCAUGCUUUCAAGUGGACAAUAAUAUUUACAAGAAAUGCGUGGAGGAGACCUAAUUCUCCUGACACUGAGCACACACCCUGUGCUUGUGCGCGUGAGCGUCUGAGCUCAGGGGACGGGGCACGCAGAGCACAUGGGGAAGCCGUGCUUUAUCAGAUCCAAGCAGAUCCAACUGCUGGUUCCCUUUUUUCCCGUUUAUCAGAAAAGCCGUAUCUUUUGGUUUGUUUCAAUUUUUGAAGGCAAAAAAAAUUAUAUUUUUAUAUCCAUCACUUGCCAAAUGUGACGUAUGGUGAUAUAAAUGUGAUAGAUUGCACUGGAAACAGAUCUCGACUGUCAUAUAUUGUAUUUAACAGCUUUAACCAGGUACAUCUCUGUGCAUCAUAGAUUUUCAGAAUCUUAUGGCAUUGUUUAUCGUUAUUGUUGCUACUGUGGAUGUAGUGGCCCUUGGUGCAUGGUCUAGCUCCCUAUGUAUUAGCUCUUUCAAUCCUUAAGUUCCAAGACCAAUAUACGGUAAGAGUUUUGUAUUGUCUAAUCUGUGUUUAUUCCACCCACUCAGAAAUCUGAGAUGAAACAUUACAGUUGGCUACUCUAUGCUCCCAAUGACACUUGACCUUGAUGAGCAGAUGGCGGAACUUUCCCCGAGGAUUUGAUUGUCUGUGAAUUACACACACGUGUGUGUGUUAUUUGUGGUGUGUGCAUUUCAUAAAAAAGAAAUAUUUAUUAAAAUUGAAUCGAUAUUAAAGUUAAGCAUGUGCUGUAACCACAGCAACCAUACAUUCCAAAUUGAAGUCUGAUCCCAGAGACACAGUGAAACAGAAUAAAAAUGUGGGGCCACUCGGGGAAUGUGGGCCGUGUGGUCUUCAUAAGGACUUCUCGAGAACUAGCAGGGAUCCAACCAUCAGGAAGGUGGAACAGAAGAGGCUGCAAUGGAGCAACCUUUUAUUUAUUGAAUUUCGAAAGAGUUUUCUUUUAAUAUUCUAACUCUUUAACUUCUCUUCUUUUUUAUUUUAAAUUUUAAAUUCUACAUUCUGCCUCUCUUUUCUUCAGGGGGAGAAGCAGGUGGGGCAGAUAGAAGUAAGAGUCCUCACAGUGUUUCAAGUAAAUGAGCUCUUUCCUUCUACACGUUCACAAAUGACGUAGACAUCUACUCCACGCUUGCCUGGAAAUUGUCACAAAGGAAAUGAUUAAACUAUAAAAUUCUCCAGGGAUGGUCAGCUUUGGGGAGAACUCAGUACUGACGAGAGCCAGAGGUUAGGUUGAAGGAUCAAUGGGAUGAGAAUUAGAGGUUUGAGAGAGAAUGACUUUGACCGAUCUGGUUCCUGGAACAAUCUCAGGGAUAAGAGGCAAGGUUAUAUAGUACAAUGUGUGAGCCUGGCCAUCGUGACACGAUCGGCCAAAGAAAGCAUAGCACUCAAGAGGAACUCAAAAACAACAAGGAACAAGAAACACUCAGCUUCCAGCCAAGACCAUAGGGAUCCUUUGGGAAUCAUUGUGUUGCGAAGGGAACCUCUAUAAUGGCAGGAACCUUCUCGGGGUUCCUAGGAUGUGGAUUUGGCCCUUUGCCCAUGUGCAUUAACUGAGGCACGUUCCCUUACCCCCAACACACACACACACACACACACACACACACAC